AUGGAAGAUCUGGUUAAGGUUCAUGGAAGUGGUGGCUAUGACUCAGACUUCAGUGAUGAAGAUGGUCAGGGAGAGUCGUCUGAAAAGAAUCUCAAAAGGAAACGUGAAGAAGAAAUCCUACAGAAGCCAUUUGAAAAGAGCAGACAUUCUCAAGUGGCUCACAAGAGUUACCACACCAGUGAGAUUGACAGGGAAGAAGCUCGAAACAGAAGAGCUCACCUAAUAUCUUUAAAUGCUUUUGAGCGACAUAAAAAGUUUGUCGCCGACUACAUUCUGUAUUACGGCGGAAAGAUGGCCGACUUCAAACGUUCUGCAGCCAAAGACAAAACCGACCAUGAUGUCAUCCGAGAAAACCAUCGCUUUCUGUGGAGAGACGAAGACGAGGAGGAGAUGACUUGGGAGAAAGAUUUAGCCAAAAAAUACUACGACAAACUGUUUAAAGAAUACUGUAUCGCAGACCUCAGCAGGUAUAAAGAGAACAAGUUUGGAUUUCGCUGGAGAACAGAAACUGAAGUUGUCUCUGGAAAAGGGCAAUUCCAGUGUGGACACAAACGCUGUGAGAAGGAGGAGGGCCUGAAGUCCUGGGAAGUGAAUUUUGCGUAUGUGGAACAAGGAGAGAAGAGGAACGCUCUGGUCAAGCUCCGUUUAUGUCCGGAAUGUUCUUUCAAGCUCAACUACCAUCACAAGAGGAAAGAGGUGAAGGCAAAAACAAAGAGUAAAAAGAUUUCAGAAGAGAACCGCGCACCGUCGCCAAAGAAGAAGAAACGCAAGAGGAAGAAGUCACAAUCAGAGAGACACAAACACAAAAGAAGGAGAAAAGAUCAUUCCUCCUCCUCCUCCAGCGGCUCAGACUCCUCAGACAAAGACUCUGAGGCAGCAGAGGAGGCGGCCGGGCGCUCGGAGGCGGACCACUGGAAGGGCCCGGCUCCUGCGGUGGAGGAGAAGUCGAGGGAGGAGGAGUUUGACGACUACUUCGAAGACAUGUUCCUCUGA